GCUUCACGGAUGCUCCGCGCAUCAAGGACCCCGAAAACUUGGAGACUCGCGAACGAUAAACAGUCAUUAAAUCCAGCCAACUCGCGAUUUUCCGGUGCUUUUCGCCAAGGUGCGGAAUUGUCAGUCGUUUUGCUUCCACUUUUUUUGCCAGUGAUUUGCAGUGCCGAAAAGAUAAAACCUGGGAUGUAAAUCCAGACAAGUCCAAUCGCGAGUUGAAGGACCUAAUUUCAGCCAUGGCCCAAACAGAGGCCAAAACCACGUGCACGCGGCGCCGCCGCCAGUUUUUGUCUGAUGGUCAAAAUCGGCAGCAGCAGUAACAACAAUAUUAGCGGUUCCCCUAAAAAAGAAAUAUAGUGCUGUUUUGUAAUACCGUUGGUUUUUUUAAUCGGCUUGGAUCGCGUACCGUUAAUCGAGAAGUGUGGCAUUAACUGAACUGUUCAAGCGAUAGUGAUUUUUUGCGGCGUUAUCCUGGUGAUCAUUGGCAACAGUUGGCAGAUCCUACAAAUAUUAAAGCCAAUCAUCAGACAAAAUCGGUAAAGCUUGUGAAGAGCUCAUAAAAGCUAGCUUCAGCAUCCGGCGCGACAGGCUGCCUCACUCGCACAUCCACAGGCACAUUCACCCAACUGAAGACUAAACGAAAAAAACAGAAGGCUCGUAAAAGGGCGCGGUACAACAAUAACAACAUUUUAUGACGGUCACAUAAUAACAUCGAAAACACUCGCCCCCCCCGCCGCAAAAUCCACUCACAACCGAAGGCGAAAAAGGGGAUGCAAAUUACGUGGCACAUGAAGCGUCAAAGCGUCUGAUUUGAUUGUCAGCGGCAGAAGACAAUUUACACCUCCACCGACUGCGCAGCACAUCGAGUUCGCGGGCAGAUUGAUUGAUUCGCAGAUUGGCCAGGGCUCGGAGGUCAGGCAAAUCCGGCGGCCGAACGAUGAACAAGAAGUCGCCACUGCCGCUGGCGGCAUUUCUCGGUGGCGACGGCAGCGGCGGAAGUGGAAGCUGUGCCGCCAGCGGCAGCAGCAAUGUUGCAGCAACGGCAGCGGCGGCGGCAGCGGCAGCAGCGAACGGUUCCGGCGGACGUGGAGGUCGGCAGGCGACGGGGGGCGGAACGGCGGGCGGUGGCGGCGCCUCCAAGUCGGAGAAGCAGGCGGGACGGGAGGCGGACGGCGGGGGCGGCAGUCUGUGUGGCUGCCAACGGGCGCCCAAGUCGCACUGCAUAUCAGCAACAGGCGUGCUUUUGUUGGUGCUGCUCUACACCGCCAUGGGCUCAAUUGUCUUUGUGACUCUCGAGGGCGAAUUGGAGGAUGGUGGCACCUUGGAGACCGCGGUGGCCGCCUCCAAACCCUACCCCCGCACCGAACUGGCCAACGCCGAGAUACGAUCGAGGACGGUGGAUCGUUUGUGGUCGAUAACGGAAGACCUGAAUAUAUUGUACAAGGAGAACUGGACCCGCCUCGCCGCCCAAGAGGUGCAGCUUUUCCAGGACACUUUGCUGCGGGCGGUGCGCCAGUCGAAGGUUUAUCCCCCCGGCGGCAUCCAGCUGAACGCACCCACACACAAAUGGACUUACGCCUCGGCCUUUCUCUACUCCCUGACAUUAAUUACGACGAUAGGCUACGGCGGCAUCUCGCCCCGGACGCAGUGGGGUCGGGUGGCGGCCCUCGUGUACGCCCUGUUCGGCAUCCCCAUCGUCCUGCUCUAUUUGUCCGCCAUGGGCGAGGCCCUGUCGGCGGGCAUGCGCUGCCUGUUCCGGCGCCAGCGGGUGAAGGGCGGCGUGGGCGGUGGUCCGGGUGGCGGCGCCGCCGGGGGCGUGGCUUCGGGUGUCGGCGGCGUCGGCGCUGGCGGACGGAAAGCGGACAAGACCAAGGGCCAGGGGCACUAUGGCCACCAGAAGCUGCAUCAAUACGGCAUGCCGCCGUCUGUGUACCAACAGCAGCAGCAGCAGGCGCAGCAGCAACAGCAGGCGCAGCAGCAGCAGGCGCAACAGCAGCAGCAGGCGCAGCAGCAGCAGUCGCAGCAGGGCAAGAAAUCGCAGGGCAACCGACGCGGCUCACCCAGUGUCCCCAUCUCCAUUUGCGUGUGCGUCCUGCUCUGCUAUGUGAGCAGCGGGGCCAUCCUGUUCCACAAGCUGCAGAACUGGAGUGUCCUGGAGUCCCUCUACUUCUGCUUCACCUCGCUGGGCACCAUUGGCUUCGGCGAGAUGGCCCCCAAUGGAGCCGUCGCCCUCUACACGGCCUCCGCCUACAUCCUGGUCGGCAUGGCCGUGGUGGCCAUGUGCUUUAGCCUGAUCCAGACGGAGAUCGUCCUGUGGCUGCGGCGGUUCAGUGUGCAGGACCAUGUGAUGCCCAAGGCCGAGGAGCUGGCCCUCGUCACCGUGGCCGUGACCCCGAAACCCUCCUGACAGCGACCCAGCGCGGAUCCGGUCAUGGGAGUGGGUGUGGGUCUGGCCGGUGGCCUGGGACAGCCGCAGAACAACUUGGGCCAGCAUCAGACCAUGUUCUUUGGACCGGCGCAUACCCUCACGCAGUACAGCUCGCUGCCGCGAAGGAGCCACCUGCAGGCGGCGAAUAAUCCCGGCGGUGGGGGAUCGGCCUUCCAGCGAAACACGCCCAUCCGGCGAUCCACGGGCAUACCGGAGCACCACCUGGAGUACUUUGUGCCGCGCAGCAUCAGUGAGUUCAAUCUGUCGGGGGUGGGCGAUCUGGCCCUGCCGCCGCCCCGUCGCUUCUCGCCCAAUAUGGUGGGCGGCGGCGGCAUGAGUAUGGGUGGCAUGGGCAUGAAUAUGGCGGGCAUGGGCAUGGGUAUGGGUGGCAUGGGCAUGGGAUUGCCGCAUGGCCUCCAGUUGGGUCCGCCGCAAACGUUGCUCUGCUCGGCCACGCCCACCGUGCCGCAGCAGCCGCCCCCGCCGCCGGCUCAGCUGCAAAUUGUGACCCUAAAGCCGCGCAGCGAGAAGAUGGUGACCUUUGAGGAUGAGUCAAAGCAGGCGAUUGGAGGAGGAGGGGGAGGCGGAGGAGGACCGGGAGGAGGAGCCGCCUCGGGUUCGGGAACCCCACCACAUUGUCCGCACGGAGUGCCCACAACUCCGCGGAAAUCGCCGGCGGUGGGCGAUAUAUUCAUGUGACCAGGACCCCAGGACGAGGCUGCCCAACUGGAUGCGGCGAUGCGAUUGCGCGACAGCAUCGAUGAUGCACUGUGCCCAAAAGCUGGACCGGCGCCAGGUGAAGUGAUACGUGUCUAAACAAAAUGAAAAGCUAAAUCCUACCCAAAGAAAGCACACUGUAAGUAAAUGCACACACACACACACAUGAAAAACUCCAAAAGAAACGUAACUCUUCCCCGAAAAAAAAGCAUAAAACUAAAUAAAAAAAUUCAUUGCCUACUUUUGAGGGCCACUACUCUCAACUUGAAGUUCAUCGUGUUUUUCUGCAUAUAUAAGUAUAAAUAAAACAUUGAGCAAAUAUUUAUUAUUAUGUGUGUAAAUAUAAAACAAAAACCGCAAAGAAAACAAACAACUAAAGUUGAGUCGUAUGUUGCGACCGAAUGAGAGAGUGAAUUAAAAUUAAAAUGAUAAAUGCAUAAAUAAUUGAAUGCUGUAUAAGGGCGUUUUACAGUUAAUGCCGUAAAACACGAAUCUAGAAAUUAAUAAAUACACUCACUCACACACACACACACACACAGCUAUGAAUAAUAAAUAGUGCGUGGGCGUCGGUGGGCGUGGCAUUAGAAAGGAGUGGCAAGUAGAGCAAACAAAAUGCAAAUGAAAAUGACAAAUUGUAUGAAUACCAAAGGACAAAGUUUAUUUAAGCGAUUUGUUAGUUAGUUGCUUCAACUCCCUCACACAUGCUCAUAUUUCGCUCUGCAUUUUUAUUUUGUCGUUUCUGGGCGCGAAAUUUCAAUUAGUUUUAUAAAUUGUUUUGCAGACAAAUGUACAUUUUUAAUAGAGAAUUGUUUAUAUUUUUUGUUAAAUAACGCAAAUACAAAAACGUUUGUCCAUUGUUGUUGCCAAACAACUUUUAAUUAAUGCUUUGCAGAGCAAAUACUAAUUUCAAGAACGCUGAUUUAUUAUUACUUUUUUCUGAUUUUCAACUGUCUUACUAACUGAGAAUAAAACAUUUAUAAACCACUAAACAUGUUUCCGGUUCAGUAAAAAAAAAACAUUUAAACAUUUUAAGAAAUCGAACUUAUACUGUGUGUAUACUAUGUACUUUAUGCUCAAAGUGUUAAGUGUGUAUAUGAAUGUAUUAUAUAUGUGCCAAAAGGAAACCGAAAGUAUUAUAACAAUAUAUAUUGUUAAUAUGUCUGUCGAUUGCAUAGAUUCAACUGACGUUUAAUCAGCAAAAUGCCACGUACAAGCGAUCAACGAAUUACCAACGAUUUAUCCAAAACAUCCGUGGUAUUUAGCUUGAGUUUUUCGCUUUUUAGCUCGCGUUCUCCACCCAUUUUCCAUCGUUUCGAACCCGCCCACUGGCAAUUAGGUUUAAAUACUUUUUAAAUGCAUUUUGAUUGUAGGUAAUUGAGCGCGUGAAUGGCCAUUUGUUGUUUGUUUCUGUUGGUUUUGGCCUUGUUUUCUGUUUUUGCCGUGACAGGACAUUCAAAUUGGAGGGCUGUCAAGCGAGCGGAGCUCAUUUGAACGCGUUUUUGUUGCUGCACUGCGGCGUUUCAUUUAAAAUAAAUGCAAUUUUAGCGACCGCCCCCACCGAGUGGGCGUGGUCGCUGGUUGCAUUUGUUAAUUUUUGCCAUAUUCAAUUUGUGGCAUUCAAUUAAAAUAGUGAAAUUAAUCCAGAUAGGAUAGUCAUUACUCGUAAAACACAAAGCAUACCAAAAAACAAAAAAAAAAAGAACAAAAUGAAAAAGACAAGUGCAUAAAAAAUGCAGGACAACCUUAGAUUUAUGGGUUGUGAACCUGCAGAAACUAAUUGCAAAGCUCCAACUUGUGUCAUAGCAUAAGCCAAUUCAGAUAUAUGUCUAUGUAGUUAAUAACUAACUAGCUAACAGCCAAACAGUAAUGUAAAACUAAAGCGAUAAAACAAAUAUUGAAACAGAACGAAUGUAAUUAAAUUAAGUACACUUUAACACGCAUUCAGAGACCCACAACCACAGACAAAUUAAUGCCAUCAAGUAAACAUAGAAAAACUAAAUGUAAAGAUACUUUUUUUUUUGUCAAAUUCCUAGCACGGUAAGUUGAACUUUUAGGCUAACCGCAUAUGCUCAUUGCGAGUGGCAGUUAAGGAUAAAUUACUCUAAUUCAUAUGUACUCUUAGUCCCCUAGAUACAUAUACAUAUGCAUAUACAUAUAGAUAUGUAGCCGUACACAAAACGAAACUAAUCUAGCAUUGAGAAAGGCAAAUAACAAAUAAGAAAUACCGCAGUUCGCAUCAUAUAUAUGUAUGUAUACAACAAACAUCUCUCUCUUUCUCUAUAUAUAUAUAUACAAACCCAACCAAAAGAAAAGAGAAGAAUAAAUACAUCAUGAACAAUUUAGUCAA